GCACCAACAUGGCUCCGCGCCUGUGCAGCAUCUCUGCGGCGGCUCGGCGGCUGCUGGGGCGCCCGGGGCCCGGGGGCCGGGACGUUGCGGCUGUAGCUGCAGCGCGCUUCUAUUCCAAGGACAAUGAAGGCAGCUGGUUCCGUUCUCUGUUCGUACACAAGGUGGAUCCCCGGAAGGACGCCCACUCCACCCUGCUGUCCAAGAAGGAGACCAGCAACCUCUACAAGAUCCAGUUUCACAAUGUGAAGCCUGAGUGUCUGGAUGCCUACAACAGCCUGACGGAGGCUGUGCUGCCCAAGCUGCACCUGGAUGAGGAUUACCCCUGCUCGCUCGUGGGCAACUGGAACACGUGGUAUGGGGAGCAGGACCAGGCAGUGCACCUGUGGCGAUUCUCAGGUGGCUACCCAGCCCUCAUGGACUGCAUGAACAAGCUCAAAAACAACAAGGAGUACCUGGAGUUCCGAAAGGAGCGGAGCCAGAUGCUGCUGUCCAGGAGGAACCAGCUGCUCCUCGAGUUCAGCUUCUGGAACGAGCCACAGCCUAGAGCCGGCCCCAACAUCUACGAGCUGAGGACGUACAAGCUCAAGCCGGGAACCAUGAUCGAAUGGGGGAACAACUGGGCUCGGGCCAUCAAGUACCGGCAGGAGAACCAGGAGGCAGUGGGCGGCUUCUUCUCGCAGAUAGGAGAGCUCUACGUUGUGCACCAUCUCUGGGCCUAUAAAGACCUGCAGUCUCGGGAGGAGACCAGAAAUGCUGCCUGGAGGAAGAGGGGCUGGGAUGAAAAUGUCUACUACACAGUCCCCCUGGUUCGACACAUGGAGUCUCGGAUCAUGAUCCCUUUGAAGAUCUCACCUCUCCAGUGACGCUGCCGCUGCCUCCACCUCCUCCCACCUCUCCCUCAGGGUAGCCAUGGACAGAGGAGAUCCCAGCCCUGAUGUCUUGGUUUUCUCUCAGACUCUGUGGACUCUGGGGGUAGUGCUCAGCUCUGAGAAGGGGGAGCUGAAGUAUGAUGGGGUUCUGAGGACUCACAGCCCUGUCCAGACCCUUCCCACCGCCCCCCCCCCCCCAUUCCUCUUGCUGGAAGCAGUUGUUAAUUUCUCUGAAUGAAGAACAGCAACCUUUUGUGUCUUUUCACA